AUGUUAAGCAGCAAAAACUCAAGCAAAACAAGCAAAUCUGGUGGUAUCUGCAAUCAGAAAGUCUCCAUUGGAAUGUUCUCCAAACAGAGCUCUAUCAUUUCUUAAUUGCUAUCAACUAAAGCAAAAUAAAAAUUUCAACAGUACAAGGCAUCUAAAACCACCUGUGAAUUCCAAACCUUUAGAGCAGAAACUCCAAACUCUCCUAACAAAGCAACUCCAUUUAAAACCAAAUAUCAUUUUAAUACUCUCUCUUAAUUGUCUAAAUUAGAAAGCAACAAUGUUUCUCAAAAUAUUCAGUAAGCCAAAUAAAAAAAUCCGGAUACUAGUGAUGAUCUCGGAGAUGUGAGUAUUACAUUGAGAAGUCCUAGAGAUGAUUAAAUCAAAAAAAUUCUCAAAAAUCUCAGAUUCAUUGGGGAACAAAUGACCCAUAAAAAAUUAACAUAAAUUAACUCAGGCCUUUUGCAACAAUGGCAAAAUCAAUUGAACGACAAUUGCGAUAAUUUAAUGAAAAUCUUAUCUUCGGAACUAAAUACUUCCUCUAAUAAUUAUCACCCUUCCAUCCAUGUUGAUGCUUAAUUGCAGAAAUAGUUGGCUGAAGAGAAAAAAAAUAGACUGUUAGUAGAAGAACAAACUAGUAAAAUAAUUUAAAGUUAAGAGUAAUAAAUUAAAUAAUAUAUUGAGACAAUCAAAUUACUUGAAUAAAAAUUGUUGAAUUCGAUGUGA